AUGGCGGAUCAUAUCCCGCUGGAUGAUAUUUUUCAUUCAGAGACAGAUGAAAGUGCUGUUAACGCUUUAGUAGCUUCACUAGAAUCGAAAUUAGCAUCACCUACAAAUAAGGAACAGUCACAAAGUCUAACAAAUCCGUCCAUAAACAGCAAUCAUGUUGGCAAUUCUACGUCCAUACAGUCAUGCACUGGAAUUGGUGUUCAAAAUAACAAUGGUCAUUUAUCAAAUGCUACAGGAAAUAUUAAUAAUUCUAAUUCCAAAACGGUGAUUAGAGACAACCAAAUAAUUGGAAUUAAUUCUAUACAUACCAAUUCACCUGUCCCUCAUCAAAACUCGCCAUUAAAUACCCACAGAACAGCCUCACCAAAGCCUGUGAAUAGUGUAAACAAACCAAUUCACGGAAGCUCGCCUUCAGUGCAAGUCUUGCAACACUCAAAUCUUGUGGGGACAACAAAGCAGCAAAUUCGAACAACACCAUCACCCAUCCAGAGCAGUGUCAAUAACGUUAUUCUUCAUCCGCACUCGCCAAAUGUGCCACAGAAUGUCGCAAAUCCCAGUGUAGUGUCUGUUCAAAACGAUGUGCUAAAUAGGACUUCGCCGUCACCUCACAGUGUGCAUCAAGGAUUAGUUCAGCAAACAGUUGUACGGAAUCAUCCUCAGGGUGUUGUAGUAAACUCCAGUUCUCAGCCUUUUACUCAAAAAACCAAUGUGCACAUUGUUCAUAGUGCUAACGUGAGUACAGUUAUUAACCAAGCAGGAUUAAAUCCUAGUCUUAUAGCUGUGCGGGGGCAAAUGCCUACUUCUCAAAUAACAACAAUUAGACCACAGAUAGUGACUUCUUCAAUAAAUGCAUCAUCACCGAGACCUCAAGGAAAUGUUCGAAUACAAGCUCAAAGAAUGCAGAGUGCACCAAUAAGAAUAGCAGCUUCUCAACCCAAUCAAAUAAACAUUGCACCAAGACCUGGUCAGCAACCGAAUACCAUUACACUGCCCCCUGGCAUUGUGCCAGGCCAGGGAGCGGUGUUGAUGAAGAAUGAACAUGGCCAGAUUGUGAUAGUCCAGCAGGGGGCCAUUCCAGGUCAGCACACAAACGUGACCGUGGCUUCCUCCAACACACCACAUAAAGUCCAGUAUGUCCGGCAUCCAGCUAGUGGUCAGACCCAGCGGCUACCAACUGGACAGAUAGUUCAUAUCCAGCAUGGGACUCCCGGACAGCCACAUACAGCUGUGCGACAGGCAGUUCCCUCCCCAAUCAAUACGGCACGGCCCCAGUCAGGGGUGCGAGUCUCCAUGCCGCAGAAUGUACAGGCCAUGGUUCGAACAUCCGCACCACCCAGCUCAGGUCAGCAGACUGUGGCACCACAAGUUGCGGCCCAGCAGCAGCAGAUGAUCGAAAACGUGAAGAAAUGCAAGAACUUUCUGUCCACACUCAUCAAGCUGGCUCAGAGUCAGCCCGAGGCCACUGUCAGCAGUGUCCGAGAUCUUAUACAAGGACUUAUUGAUGGCAAGCUUGAGCCUGAAUUGUUCACAGAGAGACUUCAGAAGGAGCUCAAGUCCUCACCACAGCCAUAUCUGGUACCCUUUCUUAAGAAAAGCCUGCCAUUGUUGAGGCAGUCGCUCCUGAACAACAAGAUGACGAUAGAGGGAGUAAAGCCCCCGCCUCUAGAUAUUGUACAACAGGGCUUGCCUGUCAGCAGUAUGCCUCCUACAGCUGCAUCAAGUGCACAACCCCAGCAGGUGAUUCCAAAAUUUGUUGGGCAGGCACAUCACAAGCCUAGUGCACCUCGCCAGGGUGGGUCAGGAAAGCCAGCCCUCAACAGACAGAUGAACAUGGUGGGGGGUAAUGUGCCUAGCACGGUAAAGGCCUUCCAGUCUCGUGUCGCAGGCCUCACCCCCAGUCCUGGCCCCCCACAAUCUCACAAACGAGUCAAGGAGUCUUUUAAAGCAGACGACGAUGACAUUAAUGACGUGGCAACCAUGGGUGGAGUGAAUUUGUCAGAGGAGAGCAAAAACAUACUCGCCACCAAUGCUGAGUUUAUAGGGGCACAAAUCAGGUCGUGUAAGGAUGAAGCUUUCCUCCAUCAUGGACCCUUGGUGAAAAGGAUACAUGCAAUAGCUAGUCGGCACGGAGUCACAGAAGUCCCGACUGAGGUGGCAAACCUCAUAUCCCACGCCACACAGGAAAGACUAAGGCACAUUGUGGAGAAAUUGGGAACCAUAGCUGACCAACGCACAGAGAUUUAUAAAAUCAAUGAGAAGUUUGAUGUGUCAGUGGAUGUCAAGGCCCAGCUCAAGUUUCUAGAGGAGCUUGACGUCCUUGAGCGAAAACGACACGAUGAACAGGAAAAGGAGAUGCUGCGGAGAGCUGUCAAGUCACGUUCAAAACAAGAGGAUCCCGAGCAGAUUAAACUGAAACAGAGAGCAAAAGAUCUUCAAGCCCAAGAAAUGGAAGAGGCUAGACAAAGGGAAGCAAAUCUCACAGCGCUGGCUGCAAUAGGUCCUCGUAAAAAACGGAAACUUGGUGAAUCCCCAGGUUCAUCUAGCGGCCUAGCAAAUGGGCCAUCUUCUUCAUCAUCUCGAACGAGUUUACGGCCAAGGAUAAAGAGAGUUAAUCUCAGGGACCUCUUAUUCUUAAUGGAGCAAGAUAAAACAUUAACUAAGUCAAACACAUUGUAUAGAACGUUCUUGAAAUGAUGUUAGCUAGUGAUUAGAUCAUGAGUGUAUUGUUUUCACAACUAAGUGCUUUACUAAAAAGAUACCUGUGCAAAGCAUAGACAAAGUUAGCUGUGAUAAUGUGAUCCACACUUUUUGAAACCUCAUUGGGAAAAAGUGUGGCUGUUAUGAAACAGGGAAUAUCACACUGGAUCACAUGACAGUGCUGAAAAAAAUGAGCUGGAGCCCAUGCAAGUGGAAAUUCCUUCAUGGAUUGAGAAAAAGUGUGAUUUCCAUUGGCUGUGUGAAAAUCACUCCCUGGAAGUAUGGACAAGUUGGUUAGAGUUGAAAAAAGGAUGGUAGAGCGAGCCUUGUUCCAUGAGUUGUUGAAAUAAAUAUUGAAACAUAAAGAAAGUGUAAGGCCAUAGGAAUUAAGUGUUGAUUCCUAGAGUUAAGAAAAUCGAGAUAACCCAAGGAAAAGUUAAGAGUUGCUUGGUGUUCAAAUUUAAUACUGCAUGAAUGAAGAGUUCAACGGAGAUUUCAUUGAUACUGUUAAAAGGUUCAUACACAUAGUUAAAAUUCAUGUGAUCUAUUGUUGACAGAAAUAAAAUAUUACUUGGAGGCAGCUUUUUGAUUAAACAGAAAAUAAUGCUGAAAUUUAUUAUGCUGGAUAAACCGUAUUUAUCUUGACUUUUUUGUAUGUGUUUACAAUGUUGCUGUGCAUCUGUUCUAGCUACAGACAUGGUAUGUGAAAUUUAUUUCUCAUGUAAGUUGUACCAAAAGAAGUUAAAUGAGGAGCUAAGGACGAAACCCCAUGCCAAUUUUUGCAGACGGAAUUUCCCCCAUGUUGUUUUUGAGAUGAAAUGUUAUCAUGGGAGGGGUUUGUCCCGCUGUACAAAAAAUGGUUGGAGGUGGAUUUUGUCCAGGGUUUGUGGGGACCUUGAAAAUAAACAAGAGCUCCUAGCUCUGUUUGUCAUCUUGUGUGUGUAUUGUACAUGUAUCUACCAACAAAAAAACAGUUUGAAAAAUUUGAUCUCAUGCUUGUUACAUACUGGUAAACUUGUACUAGAUAAUAUACAAUUAUGUACACACAGGAAAUUAUAGUGAUGAUAGAUUGAUGCCAUGUUUAAUUUGUUCUGUUAUUGUUUAAUUCAUCCUGACACAUGUACAAAUGAUAAGCUUUUCUUGCAUACCGGACAUGUGUUUCCGGUCAUGUGACCAGUGUUGGAAAAACCUGUUUUACACCCCCCAUGUAAGAUGAGUCACACACAACAACGCGCCACUUCUUAUGACGUUUAUUGUAUGGUUUAUGAAAAGCAUAUCAUGCCAUUUCAAUAAAGCUUAAUCAAAUAUUUAAAUAUGCAAGACUUUUAAUUAAAAUUGAAAAUAGAUAAUCGUAAAAACAUGAUUUUUAGAGGAACUACUUGACGUCAAUAGUGAUUUAAAAUGACAGCGCUUUAUGACUUCAGUAAACGAAGUCAAACACACUUUUUGGUGAAAUGUACAAAAGUGUGUUUUCUACGUCAAUUUUUCCACAUAUUGAUAAUUUUAGAUAUAUGCAAGGAAAAAAAAUCAUGAGUUUCCCGUCCGGUUUAAAAAAUCCGACCCUCUGGCACGCUGCGUGGCUGGUAACAUGGCAAGCAUUGUUACCGGCAUACGCUCGUGCCCUCUGGUCGGACUUUUUCCGAUCCAUAACUGAAACAAAUGAUAGAUACUUAUAAUCUUGUAAGUAUUUGUGUUUGAACUGGACUUAAGAGUUUUGAUUUAAGGGGGACAAAUGGUUAAUUACAGUGAAUCUUCUUGCACAUUUUUAAGCUGCACUUUUUGAUUGGGAAAAUAUUCAUGAUAGCAGUAAGACCCAAAUAAGGGGAAAAUUAGAUCUUGUAAAAAAAAAGGGACAAGGUUACAAAAAAAUCUUGUACCCCAUAAUUAUAGAGAAUUUUUAUACCACUCUGGAUCAAAAUAUCAUAGUAGUUGAAAUAAUCAAUUAAGGAGUUAAAUUUAAAAAUUAAAAUUUACUAUUUAUAUAUAUAUAUAUACAGUAGAAACUCACUAAACCGGAACUCCACAAAACCGGAAUCCUCGGGAUACCGGACUUUUUUCAGAGUCCCAGUUUUCCCCUUUUAUAAAAUCCUUACAAAACCGGAAUUCCGGAUACCGGACAAAAAAUCGAGAAAAUUUGUUAGUUGUCAACGUAAUUUUACCUCACAAAACCGGACAUAUAUUUGUUCCAACAUGUCAAAAUGAUUUUGUGUAUUAGGAAUUCAUGAAUCGCGUAUCACUUUGUUUUGACAGCCGGUGCGUUGUUGAAUAUUGCACCUGUGAUGUGUGUUAACUCGAUAAUCGAUAAUGAUGAUUGCGCUGUGGAUUGACUGCCGCAUGAUAAUCAAACUUGUGAAAAGAAAAUUGAUUGAAACAUUAAUUUGUUUGUUGCAGAAAAUAAAGAAUUAGAAACGGUUAUUAAGUGAUCAUUUUGGAGGGUUGUUUUAUCUAAAGACUUCUAUGAUUGAAUCAAAUUAGAGCGGUGCGUUUAUUAAACUAUCAAACAUACUUAACAAGCAUUAAAUUACAGAUAAUCGAAUAAUUUGUUACUCAAAUCAAGAACUUUGAUUGGUGAUGAAGUGGUCAUUUUCGCGAGUUGUUUUAUUUUAAGACUUGGAAAAAAAAGUAAAAUAAAUGUGUUUUCAUUUUAUUCCAGUUUCCAACUUCCCUUUAAAGGUUAACUCAGUUAAUAUUUUGAGUAAACUUACUCCGUACAUCAAAUCCUGACUAAACCGGAAUCCUCGCUAAACCGGAAUUUUUGCCCAGUCCGGACCUUGUCUGGUUUAGUGAGCUUCUACUGUAUAUAUAUAUAUAUAUCCUUUCAUUUUUGCUGGUGAAACUAUUAACUUAUUUUAUAGGAAGCAACAUGAAGUCGGUAAAAAGCAGUAAAUUUCAUGGUAAUAAAUCACUAGAUUAUGAAGAUUUUGACUGAAGCUUAAACCAGAUAUUCUCGUGUAAAAUCAACUAAACUUUAUCAUAGUUUUGGAAGGCUUUUGCAUGAUAUUUAGUCUCCAAAAUUUUGUAAAUUUCUACCACUCGGUAUUCUUAAAAAAGUAUCAAUAUUUAGUUUGUAGAGCAUAAAAAGAACUAAGAAGUUAUACUUAAAUUAUGAAUGUAUUUUGUGUGGCCUUUGAUGCUGUCAUACAACUAAGGGGUUGUACCUUGGGGAACGGCAGGUUCAGAAACUGAUAGUGCUAUGAAAUGAUUCUAGAUUGCGGCACUCAUAACUCAAUUUGCAUUGUGAGCUCUUAAUUAAAUCUUGAAAACAAAUCAUUAACAUGAGCCUUUGCAAUGUUUCAUGUAUAUUUAGACAGUAAAGUUGGAUUUUGAAAUAACCAGCGUUGUUGAUUGGUUUUGUGCAUAUCCUGAAAUUAAAAAUGGUGCACUGACAUCAGUAAAAUAGCAUUCCAAAAAUUGUAUUACCCUGUGCUUUAUUCAAGAAAGAAUUGUACAUAAAAAAACUGACUUUCUGUGUCCAGAUAUAAAAUUCUAACUCAUUUCAGUUUUAAGAAAUUGUGUAAGGAAACAGGACAUACCGGUAGUUGUUUUUAGCUCGACUAUUCGAAGAAUAGGUGGGCUAUACUACUCGCCCCGGCGUCGGCGUCCGGUUAAAGUUUUAGGGCAAGUUGGGAUUUUCACUUAUAAGUCCAAUACCCUUCAUUCAAUUGACUUAAUACUUCACACAGUUGUUCAGGGCCAUCACAUGAUGAGAUUAGAUAACUCCAUAUUAUUCUUUACACAGAUUAUGGCCCAUGAUUGACUAUGGAACUUAACUUCUAUACCCUUUGUUCAAUUGACUUAAUACUUCACACAGUUGUUCAGGACCAUCACACAAUGAGGUUACAUAACUCCAUAUUAUCCUUAAUACAAGUUAUGGCCCCUGAUUGACUUAGGUUAAAGUUUUAGGGCAAGCUGGGAUUUUCACUUAAAACUCCCAAUACCAUUCAUUCAAUGGACUUAAAACUUCACACAGUUGUUCAGAGCCAUCACAUAAUGAGGUUAGAUAACUCCAUAUUAUCUAUUAUACAAAUUAUGGCCCCUGAUUGACUAUGGAACUUAGGUUAAAGUUUUAGGGUAGGUUGGGAUAUUUAUUAAUUACUCUAUACCCUUCAUUCAAUUGACAUAAUACUUCACACAAUUGUUCAGGACCGUUACCCAAUGAGGUUACAUAACUCCAUAUCCUUAAUACAAGUUAUGGCCCCUGAUUGACUUAGGUUAAAGUUUUAGGCAAGUAAAAGUUAAGAGCAAGUUGGGAUUUUAAUAAAAUAACUUUUGUACCGUUCAUUAAAUGCACUAAAUAAAAUUCAAAAUUAUUUACGACCAUCUUACAACAAGAAACAUAACUCCAUUUUACCCUAAAUACAAAUUAUGGCCCUUGAUUUUUUUUUGGAUUUCUUUUGAAAGGCUUAUUUGUAUAUUCUUGACCACAUUUUCAUGAUUGGAAAUCAAGUUAUUUAAAUGACUUGCGUCAUUGUUCGGGCGGGCUGGUGGGAGGGCAGCAUCAAAGUCACCUUAUGUAUUGAAUAAUUUUAGUUAGGUUUGACAUAAAGAGACCAAACUUGGUAAUAUUACAUCGUUAUUGUAUUCACUUCUAAGUCAAAGCGGCAUCUUAUGACGGCUCUUGUUAAAACUCAGAUUCUAUAAACAAAAGUUGCUCAACAUAAGCCAGUAUUGAUACUCUAAAACUGAACAAAUAUUCAAUGCCGUUGCAUUAAUCAGUGUAGCUAGUCUCUUACAUGAAUUGGUAUUGCAAUUGAAUGUACACAUAUCCUAACCUUCAAGGAUCUAUUAAAGACACCUCCAUAGUGUUUCUAUAAAAUGUAAACAAGAUGAUAGAUAAAAGUAUCAGUACAAAAUGGCAGUGCCUAAAUGUUAAUUAUUUUAAUGUGAUUUCAGUUUGAAGAGGAAGUUGUUAUUUGAAUGUUUUAUAUACAAUAGUUUAUCAUGUGACUAUUUGUUUGUGUCAUUUGUACAGUUACAUUAAUAACUUUCAUACAUAAGAAUUAUGAAAUAUGUAAUUUGUCUAUUAAAAUUAAUGAAUGCUUA